AUGGACGAAAAGAAAAGACAAACCAACUGGACAAUUGUCGUGAGACGGGGCAAGACACAAACAAAGGCAAAGGAAAAAGCACCAGUAAAACCACAACCAAAGACAUCCACAACGGCAGGGAAAAGACGGGUACCGCUCCAGCCCAAGUGCGCCUCCACCCCGAAAUCCAAGAAUAAGCAGCAACCAAAGCCGCAGCCAAAGCAGCGGUCAAAACCGCCUCCAACAGUUCCAGCUGACGUCCCUUCAAGCGAGCAGUGGGAUUUCCUUUGGCCCUCUCCGUCAACUCUUCCGCAGGCGCCACUACGCAGAACGAAAACAGUCAAGGCACCGUUGCACAACUCAGCAGAGAAGCAUAUGACCAAAAUAAGUGUAAGAGGUGUUUCCGAUUUCACUGACGCAGGAGAUAGUCUGCCAACAGAAGCGUCUGACGGGGAAAAUGCAGCACCCAAACAACAGAAACCCAAGACAAAAACUUGCUCCUUUAGAUGGGGGCUAAAGCAACAGCCAGAAGACCAACGAAGCGAAUCACCUGCUGCUUCAGAACAAGUACCCGAGCAAACCCAGUCGCAGCAGCACCUGCAGCCGUUUCAGACUUGGUCGCCACUGCAGCUUAUGCAGCCUUUGGAGGAGGAUCCUUUGGACUUCUUGUCAACCCGCCGAAGCCCAACAAACACCACGGCUGAAAGAUUGGAAAGCGCUGAAUUGUAUUCAGUGUUCCAGUACCCUCUGAACGGGACAAAUGCGGGCGAGUUAGUCCAAGCAAUGCAUUUCGUUUUGGAUGUUCUGGAGAGAAGACGACGCCUUGAUGAUUUUAUGGAAAGCACUGAUAUAUUUGGAUCAAUAAUCCCUUACAUCAACAGCAAUUCAGAUAGCGAUAGAGAUUCACAUUUCAGAACGGACGCUUCUGCCGACAACAAAAAGCGUCCACGCGUCGGCGAGCCAGAAAAAGGGGAUGAUCAAAAAGAAAACGACAGAGGUGAAUCCGUUUGCAGGGAAAGCGUCCCACGCUUUCGCUCAGAAAGAGAUGAAUAUACAGCUUACUUGGUUAAGCUGCUCAAUGCGUUUCGGCUUGUUGAGAAUGAGACAAGGAUCAUAAGUGGCCACAUGCACCACCACGUAAAAGCUGUCGAAUUCCUCCUUAUGGUUGCAGUUGCAGAAAAGUCAGAUGGAAGGCUACCUCUGCCAGCAACUCUGCACGACUUGCCACCGCAGCAUCUGUGUCACAUGCGACGGCUGAUGGAGAUGGAGAAGCUGCCUGCCGAGUAUUAUCUGAGAAAGGCAGCAAACUUUUGUAGGGGCAUUCAUGGAUUCAUCCAAGAGCCUCAUGAAAACUACACCCACGGAGCGAACUGCAGCUCAACUGCUGGAAAAGAAGUGCAGACUAGCGAGCAGCUACCGGUGCUGCCACCGUCUUCCCCAGAAGCUCACUCUCCUCAGACGCGCUUUAGGGAGAUAUUGCUGCAUCGCACCGUCCGCUUAGUGCAUGACGGGGACACUGUUGAGGAUCAGCAGAACCAACUAACUCCAACGGGUGCCUGUGUCGCGAACAACGCUCAAUGCACGAAGAGUCUGUGCCACCAAAAUCUCAAGACUAUGCAUGCUGAGUAUCAGUUGCUCAACCCAACUCCAAGCGAGGGAGGAGCUGCGACCCCCAUCCAAACCUCGUUGCAACAACCAAAACAAUACACAAGAAUACCUACAUAUGAUCAGAGGAGGGUAAUACGACCGCCACCCCCGCCAGACAGCACAAGCUGGCACGCUCAGCCGCCGUGGCAGUACAACCCAUUCCCGUUUCGGCCGAUGACCAUUCUCCCAACUCCACAACCGAAUAAGGUGCAGUCUUGCAAUCAAAACAAAGAGAAGGAAUGCGGCUGGUCUGGUGCUUCUCCCCUUCCGUCGCAGUGGCAAUUGGCCAAUAGAGAAAACUGCCAGUACUCUCCCAUGCGUGGGGAAGCAAAUGUAUCUAUCAGCCAUAUGCGGCCGUCAGCAAAUUUCACUAAGAACCCGCCACCACCGCACAGUGGUGCAUGCAGAUCAGAAUGGCAAACAAAUUCCAUGUUCAAGCGGGUUACAAACAAGCCUGCCUACGUAGCGCCGGAAUGCCAGCCACUGCCCUCCACGUUUGGUUCCGGCAACUACCACCCUCAAGAACAACCACAGGACGAAUGGAGUGAUGUUCCUACCCCAAAGGAGGUCGACUGGUCUUUUGAGUUUACAGGAGACUACCUAGACAGAGACAUGAUCGUUUUGCCGCAAGAGAGCAAGGAGCAACGGCCUCCAAACACGCAUGCACAAGGAGCCUGCUUUCUGCCUACAGCCGCUGGCACGAAUAUGGAAGCUGAACAGAGGCACCCGCUCUUUUGGCCGCACCAGCAACUCGUCUGGUGCAAUCCCAUAGCGGAUAACAGAAGAGACUGGAUUGCAUGCAAGGGCUUCUUCUCGGUAUCUACGUCCUCCUCUGACACGCAAAGCUGCGACUCGUGCGAGCUUCAGGAAGUUGAAAGCUCACAGCUGGAGGGGUAUCGACAAGCCCCUUCCCCGCACCCAUCGCACUACACCUCCACCUCAGGGUUGGUGGUCCAGGACAGCGCUCAAAGCCAUCAACGACUAGAGAAGCGCCGGAGAGGAAAGAAACAGCUUCAGCAACUACCGCAGCAACACAUUCAGCAGCAGGAGCAGCACCAACGUCUGCUGCAACAGCACCGGCAGCAGCAACCAAAGCCGCACGCGCUGCCAGUGCAGCUGCACGACAUACAGGUGACUGAAAUUCUGCCGGAUAUAAACUUUUCAUAUUGUGUACCUCUAACGUUUAGUAAGGAUCCCCAAAACACAAAAAAUACCGGCGAGAAGGGAACAUUAACACUAUCAAAACCCUCCGAGGUGGAGACCAACUGCAGUCACCCUAACUCCACCAGAACUGCAGCGACGGCAGAACAUGUUAGUUGCUCAGGUGCCACCGAAAUAUUUACUGCUAAAGGCUCUCGGAAAAAGAUGGGAACGCUGCGCACAUGUGCUCUCAACACCAGUAGGAAGAGCAGUCGCAACAGCAGCGUCAUCCAUCGAGAGUGCAUUGGGAGAGUUAAUGGGAAACGUAGUGGGAGAGAUUAUUCAGUUUGUCGCUUUGAAUUAUCGGUUGCAUAA